CGAUAACAACACUCGGAAGCCGGGCUGGGGCUAUUUGUUGCUGCGCCGCCUCCGCCCGAGUCAUAGUCCGCGCUCUUCUGUGGCUCUCUUAGCAGCAGCAGCCGCCGCCGCCGCCGCCGCCGCCGCCCUAUGGUCACUGCCUUCACUUCCUCUUUCUCUUCCUGCCGAGCUGCCUGCCUCCUAGCGCUAUGACUGUCGUCUCUGUCCCGCAGCGGGAGCCGCUCGUCCUGGGCAGCCGUCUUGCCCCGCUUGGCUUUUCCACCCGCGGUUACUUCGGGGCCCUCCCGAUGGUGACCGCGGCACCGCCGCCUUUACCUCGGAUCCCAGACCCCCGGGCACUGCCUCCAACCCUCUUCCUCCCUCACUUCCUAGGGGGAGACGGCCCCUGUCUGACUCCCCAGCCUCGCGCUCCAGCAGCUCUGCCCAAUGGUAGCCUGGUCGCUGCGGGAGGCACCCCGCGGGCAGCGCCAAAGAAGCGGCGAAAAAAAAAGGUGCGGGCCAGCCCGGCGGGGCAGCUACCCAGUCGCUUCCAUCAGUACCAGCAGCACCGGCCGAACCUGGAGGGCCGCCAGAGCCCGGCGACUGGCCGGAGCGGAGCGCAGGAGGUCCCGGGCCAGGCCACCGUCUCGGUCCCGAAUCCUGCAGCCACAACCAGAACUGAGGAAGCGAGCCCCGUCCCUGGGCCGCUGCGGCCCGCGGUACCCGGCCAACCCCCGCUGAGAAAAGAGGUUUUAAAAUCAAAGAUGGGAAAAUCGGAGAAAAUUGCCUUUCCCCACGGCCAGCUUGUUCAUGGUAUACACUUGUGUGAACAACCAAAGAUAAACAGACAGAAAAGCAAAUAUCACUUGCCACUAACCAAGAUCACCUCUGCAAAAAGGAAUGAAAAUAACUUUUGGCAGGAUUCUGUUUCGCCUGAUAUUAAUCUCAACAAAAAGGAAGUUUUUCURAGUGGGUAG